CCGCCGCUGAAGCCCAGGACGCCCGCCCGCCUGCCCGCGCCCGCCGGCCCGCCGCCCCGAGCCGUCUGCCCUCCAGCCCCCAAGAUGUGGCACAACGUCGGGCUGACUCUGCUAGUGUUCGUGGCCACUCUGCUGAUCGUCCUGCUGCUGAUGGUGUGCGGUUGGUAUUUUGUAUGGCAUCUUUUUUUAUCAAAGUUCAAGUUUCUGCGGGAACUAGUGGGAGACACAGGAUCUCAGGAGGGAGAUCCUGAGCCUUCAGGGUCUGAAACAGAAGAAGAUGCUCCAUGGCCUCCGCACAGGAUCAGACCUGCUCGGCAGAGGAGGGCGCCUGCUGAUGAAGGCCGCUGACCCCAACCAGGGUCCUGUCUCAGUGAAGGAUGAAGGGCAGUGGGAGCCUCUGUCUGCAGGGACUUGGCUUUGCAGUUCGCUGAAAGAUAGAACAUUAUACUUAGAUUUUAAGUCUAAUUUACAAAAAAGGUUUACAUGUAAGCCAUAUGAAAAUAAAGGGAAUUAAAACCAAAUUGGACCACUGCAAAUUUCAUCUUAAAGAUAAUCUUUUGCUUCACUAGCUUUCUACUCAGAUACUUAUUCUUUGGCUCUUGGAUUUAUUUUCUUGCACUGAUGUGAAUCUGGUAAACAUUACAGGCUUGAAAAAACCAUAUUUUAUUCUAUAAUGUGCAUUUUACUUUGUUUGAAAUUGGGAUGUAUGUCAUGAUUGCUGUCAACCAGGGCAGAGUCCUAAUGUAAUUAUCCUAGCCUAGUAAGUGUGAAAUUACAGCUUGUCAUUGCUUCAUCACCAUGUUGUUGGUAUCAAAUGUGUCAGGUUUAAUUGACAUUUAAAAUGUCUUCAAAAAGAUUGCACUAUGAUUCAGCAUUGAAACGAGAAGUUAUUGUGUAAUGCAGAGAAGCAUGGAAACAGAACAGCAGGUGUACAUUGAUAAUAGUGAAGCAAAUACCCAUCGCUGGAGGGACGACUGCAAUUCUGUAUUUUCUUGUAAAGUAACCCAAAGUGCUUUACAGGACCAAGAAAGGAAGAUACCAGAAGUAGCGAAGCUGUACUACGUUUCGUCUGUGAGACAUGCACAAAAGGAUUGCCUAUCACACACCAACUAUGCAGUAGAAGGCAGGAGAAAUGGCCAAAAACCUUGGAGUAGAUGCAACAAAAUUCAAAGCAGUGAGAGCUUGGUGUGAUAGAUUCGUGCAUCGGGCAGGACUAUCACUAAGGCCAAAGGUUCCUGCCAACAUUCAACAGAAGACAGUGAUGAAGCACCCUUUCAAAAAAUGCUGCCUCGCCAGUGCUCUUGAUGACACCAGGGUGGCUGUUGUGAAGACAUCUAUGACUGUGAUUUGAGAACUGAUUCAGAAGAGUUGAACUCAGAAUAUGAAGUUAUAGUUAUAACUUAACCAGUACACUUUCUUUACAUUUGCACAAGCUUGAUGUG